AUGGCAUUGCUGUGUGGCCUUGGGCAAGUCACUCUCCAUCUCUGGGUCCCACUUCCUUCCCAAACAAAAAAAGGAAUUGGGUUUCUUGCAGCUGGGGCAUUUCUGAGGAGCGGCGGCAUGGAGGCUCUCACCACUCAGCUGGGGCCGGGGCGCGAGGGCAGCUCCUCUCCAAACUCCAAACAGGAGCUGCAGCCUUACUCGGGCUCCAGCGCCCUCAAACCUAACCAGGUGGGAGAGACGUCGCUGUAUGGGGUGCCUAUCGUGUCUCUUGUCAUCGACGGCCAGGAGCGCCUGUGCCUGGCGCAAAUCUCCAACACUCUUCUCAAGAACUACAGCUACAAUGAGAUCCACAACCGACGAGUGGCUCUGGGUAUCACGUGCGUGCAGUGUACGCCGGUGCAGCUGGAGAUUCUACGUCGGGCCGGGGCCAUGCCCAUCUCCUCGCGCCGCUGCGGCAUGAUCACCAAGCGUGAGGCCGAACGCCUGUGCAAGUCAUUCCUGGGCGAGCACAAACCACCCAAACUGCCCGAGAACUUCGCCUUUGAUGUGGUGCAUGAGUGUGCUUGGGGCUCGCGUGGCAGCUUCAUCCCUGCGCGCUACAACAGUUCGCGUGCCAAGUGCAUCAAGUGCGGCUACUGCAGCAUGUACUUCUCGCCUAACAAGUUCAUCUUCCACUCGCACCGCACACCCGAUGCCAAGUAUACUCAGCCAGACGCCGCCAACUUCAACUCCUGGCGUCGUCACCUCAAACUCAGUGACAAGUCGGCCACAGACGAACUGAGCCACGCUUGGGAGGACGUCAAGGCUAUGUUUAAUGGGGGCACGCGCAAGCGGACCUUCUCGCUGCAAGGAGGUGGCGGAGGAGGCGCUAAUGGCGGGUCCGGUGGUCAAGGGAAGGGUGGAACUGGUGGCGGUGGUGGCGGGGGUCCAGGGUGCGCCGAAAUGGCCCCAGGCCCACCGCCCCACAAAAGCCUGCGCUGUGGUGAAGAUGAGGCGGCCGGGCCUCCGGGUCCACCUCCUCCCCACCCACAGCGCGGACUUGGCCUGGCGGGAGGAGCUAGCGGCCCGACAGGCCCUGGAGGGCCUGGUGGCAGCGCAGGCGUACGUAGCUACCCCGUGAUCCCGGUGCCCAGCAAAGGCUUUGGCCUCUUGCAAAAGCUGCCCCCGCCACUUUUCCCUCAUCCUUAUGGUUUUCCCACGGCCUUCGGCCUAUGCCCCAAAAAGGACGACCCAGUAUUGGGUGCAGGUGAACCCAAGGGCGGCCCUGGCACCGGGAGCGGCGGCGGCGCGGGCACUGGUGCCGGUGCAGGUGGCCCGGGAACCGGCCACUUGCCCCCAGGAGCAGGGGCCGGCCCGGGCGGCGGUACCAUGUUCUGGGGGCAUCAACCUUCUGGGGCAGCGAAGGAUGCAGCAGCGGUAGCUGCAGCGGCGGCCGCCGCCACUGUGUACCCGACGUUCCCCAUGUUCUGGCCAGCUGCAGGCAGUCUCCCGGUGCCGCCCUACCCCGCCGCGCAGAGCCAAGCAAAGGCCGUAGCGGCUGCUGUAGCAGCGGCGGCGGCGGCAGCGGCGGCGGCUGCUGGCGGCGGCGGCCCAGAGCCCCUGGACGGUGCUGAGUCAGCCAAGGACAGUGGCCUCGGAGCUGAGGAGCGCUGCCCGAGUGCAUUGUCCCGCGGGCCCCUGGACGAGGACGGCGCUGACGAGGCACUACCACCACCCCUGCCCCCCCUGGCCCCUCCACCGCCUCCGCCAGCACGCAAGGGCUCUUACGUGUCUGCCUUCCGACCUGUGGUCAAGGACACCGAGAGUAUUGCCAAGCUGUAUGGUAGCGCCCGAGAGGUGUACAGCGCGGGGCCUGCUCGUGGGCCAGGGCCAGGCGCGGGGACAGGCGGCGGCUACGUGAGCCCAGAUUUUCUGAGCGAGGGCAGCUCCAGCUACCAUUCCGCCUCGCCCGACGUGGACACCGCGGAUGAGCCGGAGGUGGACGUGGAAUCCAACCGUUUUCCCGACGAUGAGGGUGCCCAGGAGGAGACCGAACCUAGUGCGCUCAGCGCGGGAGGUGGCCCAGACGGGGACCAGCCCACUGGGCCCCUCUCUGCUGCUUCCUCAGGCGCAGAUGGCCCCACAGACUCUCCCGAUGGCGGUAGCCCUCGGCCCCGGCGCCGCCUCGGGCCUCCCCCAGCUGGCGGGUCUGCAUUUAGUGACCUGGCAGCGGAUGAUGUGGUGCGGAGACCCGAGAGAAGCCCGCCAAGCGGCGGCUAUGAGCUUCGAGAGUCUUGCGGGCCCCUGGGAGGCCCCACGACGGCCAAGGUGUACGCGCCGGAGAGGGAUGAGCACGUGAAGAGCGCCGCGGCGGCGCUGGGGCCCACUGCUUCCUACCUCUGCACCCCCGAGGCCCACGAACCAGAUAAGGAAGACAAUCACUCGACCGCCGAUGAUUUGGAAACGAGGAAAUCCUAUUCAGACCAAAGGAGUAUCUCCCAGCCAAGUCCCACAAAUACAGACCGAGGCGAAGAAGGGCUUACCUUGGAUGUCACAGGAACUCAGCUGGUGGAGAAAGAUAUUGAAAACCUGGCCAGAGAAGAAUUGCAAAAAUUGCUCCUGGAGCAAAUGGAUCUCCGAAAGAAGCUGGAGCGAGAAUUUCAGAGUCUCAAAGAUAAUUUUCAGGAUCAAAUGAAGAGGGAAUUGGCUUAUCGAGAAGAAAUGGUGCAACAGCUGCAAAUUGUCAGAGAUACUCUAUGUAACGAACUUGACCAGGAGCGGAAGGCGCGCUACGCCAUACAGCAGAAAUUAAAAGAAGCCCACGACGCCCUGCACCACUUCUCCUGCAAGAUGCUGACGCCCCGCCACUGCACUGGCAACUGCUCCUUCAAGCCCCCACUGUUACCCUAGGGCCGGCCCGGCCGCGCCCACGCGCCCUCAAGCCAUGC